AUGUCCGAAAUCGUUCAGGAAAUUGUUCAGAAAUAUUUAAUGGAAUCUUCCGAUUACUUGAUAAAAAAUAUUGAUGGUCAAGGAAAACGCAAAACGGACGAAAUAAAUAUAAACAAAACAUUAACCGAGUUAAAGGAUAUACAGCAAAAUAAUGAUUUUAUUCCUUCUGCUCCACCACUUCCCCAAACUCUACCAACUCUACAAAAAACAGAAAAUAAUAUUAAAAACAAAGGUAAGGUUGAUAGACCAGCAGGUCUACCAAAAAAUCUUAUAGAGGAAAUCAAACGCGGCGUGAAAUUGAAGCCGGUAAGUCCAAUGGUUAAAGUAUUAGAAAAAUCAAUUAUAGAUGACAAAAAUCUUCGAAGAAUGAACCCUAUUGAUAAUAUCAUUCCUUCACCACCUCCUCAUACUCUACUAAUGCCACUAAAAUCAGAAAACAAUGUAAAAAGCAAAGGUAAGGUUUAUAGACCAGCAGCUCUACCAAAAAAUUGUAUAGAAGAAAUCAAACGCGGCGUGAAAUUGAAGGUAAACCUUUUUAACAAUUAAUAAUAGAGUAUCGUUCAAGUUUUAUAUUAUAGCUUAAUGUAAGCAAAAUAAAUGUCUAAA